AGGCACUUAAUCUUGAUGGAGGAACCACAAGAAGUGUACAGCUCCGUGCAGAAACCCAGAAAGGCAACUCCUCAGCCAGGAGAAGACACCUUGAACGGGCACCUUCCCCCAGGCUGGCAGAGCUACAUGUCUCCCCAGGGCCGCAGGUACUACGUGAACACCUUCACAAAUGAAACGACGUGGGAGCGGCCAAGCAGUGUGCCGGGCACUCCCAAGAGCCCUGUGUCACAGAAGAGUUCUGCAGUGAAUGGCUACUACAUCUCUGGGUCCCCAGUGCACCAGCUUGACUCGGGUCACACGAGCCUCCGAAAGCCCAGUGGGGACACCCAGAUCAACUGUGUGACUUUCCCCCACCCUGACGUAAUGCCAGAGCAGCAGUUGCUGAAACCUUCAGAGUGGAGCUACUGUGAUUAUUUCUGGGCAGACAAGAAGGACUCACAAGGGAACAACACAGUGUCGGGAUUUGAAAUUCUUCUUCAAAAGCAGCUUAAAGGGAAACAAAUGCAGAAAGAAAUGGCAGAGUUUGUUCGAGAAAGGAUAAAGAUUGAGGAGGAAUAUGCUAAGAACCUGUCCAAACUGUCUCAGAAUUCCUUGGCUGCUCAGGAAGAAGGCACGCUGGGAGAAGCUUGGGCUCAGCUCAAGAAGAGUUUAGCUGAUGAAGCAGAGGUUCAUCUCAAAUUUUCUUCUAAGCUCCAGAGUGAGGUGGAGAAGCCCCUGCUGAACUUCAGAGAGAACUUCAAGAAGGACAUGAAGAAGUGCGACCACCACAUCGCGGACUUGCGGAAGCACUUGGCCAGUCGCUACACGGCUGUGGAGAAGGCCCGGAAAGCCUUGACAGAGAGGCAGAAGGAUCUGGAAAUGAAAACACAGCAGCUAGAGGUGAAACUCAGCAACAAGACAGAAGAGGAAAUCAAGAAGGCCAGACGGAAGUCCACCCAGGCAGGGGAUGACCUGAUGCGCUGUGUGGAUCUUUACAAUCAAGCCCAGUCCAAGUGGUUUGAGGAGAUGGUGACCACCACUCUGGAGCUUGAGAGACUAGAAGUCGAAAGGGUGGAGAUGAUUCGGCAGCAUCUGUGCCAGUACACACAGCUGCGGCACGAGACAGACAUGUUCAACCAAAGUACAGUAGAACUCGUGGAUCAGUUGCUUCGGAAAGUGGAUCCUGCCAAAGACAGGGAACUGUGGGUAAAAGAACACAAAACUGGAGAUAUCCGACCUGUGGACAUGGAAAUAUAGACUGAUCUGUGGUUGGAUGUGAUGAGUCCACUGAAUUAAGCAGGCUAACGUUUGUUUUAAGGGUCAAAAGAGCAUAGGGAAAAGGUUGUUUCACUACCAGACAGACACCUUGUAAUUUAUGCCUGUAUGGGCUAUCUCUGUUCCAUUUAGUCAUUACAAUGGUCCUCGUUGUGCUAAGCCUUAAGCACCAGACAUUCCAGGGUGAAAAAAAUCAGAUGUGUGCUUCCCACCAGAGGUUCCCAAUUGCACGCAGCUUCCAGGAGAAAUCUGCUUCCUGGCACAGAACGUGCCCUGUUCUCCAGUGACUUUGUGCUCCACCCCUUGCAUGACUAUCUCUAUCCAGUAUGUUAGAACAGCAGGCAGAGAGCCUCUGGCCAGCAGGGAGAUAACUGAAUAUGAUGCAGGAGGCAAGGAAGUCCUGAUCACCAAUCCCAGGUCUGUCACUGACUGCUCCCAUGGCCAUAGGCAAAUCAAUUCACUUUCCUGGCUCCCCCAUUUAUAAAAUCUGUGGGUCCUGCAGCAAUGUUGUGUGGAUGCAUUGCUUUCAUAGAACAGUCUUUCACCAUGGCAGUGAAGUGAUGGCCCUUCUCCCAAAAUCUGUGGAGAGGAUUCCUGUUCUUCCUGUUUGAUACUCCCUCUCAGGGAUACAUAAACCCAUUUUCACAAUUUCUGUUGUCGGCCAGUUGGUAAGUUUGAAAGUGUUACCAUCACAGUUUUUAAUCAGGAAAGACUUGGUUGUACUAUACCUACCUCAUUAGCUGUCAGAGUGCCCUCAAUGACAGAAGGAGGUCGUAUUCCAAGGAAUAAAUGAGAUGUUUAAAAUUUUUCCUGCUCAUGCAAGGUGUUUUUCCACAGAAUCUCCUUAAAAACAGUCCUCUAAUAGUUUACUUGGGAUUCAGGUUUAAAUUUCCUUUGUUGGUUUCUUCAGGUGAAUAUCACCAACUUUAGGUAUUUUUAAUUACUGGGUUUGUCCCAUUAAAUUUUGGCUUUUAUCUUUUUGGAGCCUGAUUUUCAAAGGUGCCAUGAAUAUGUGAUGCUAGAUUGCAUUCAGUGUAGAUGUAGGUGCCCAGCACUUCUGUACCAUCUGAGUUUUUUUCUGUUACCCUUAACUGCAAACCACCAAAAAUUCAACACAGCUCUUAGCAAAUAGUGUUAUGUAGUUUGGAGACUGGUUUUGAAAAGGUAUUUAUUUUCUUCUGCUGUUAUUUCUGAUGGAGUAUUCAGUGUUGCUGUUAAUAUAUUUUUUCAGCAUUUCAUACAAUGCAAAGAUUCUUCAGAUUCUUGCUUUAGAUCCAGGAGAAAUCUUGAUUCUCACCACUGUGGCCUUUACUCAGUGUUUACUGUGGUCUUAGCUACAAUAUCCCAAACCACACUAUUUCAUUUGAUCCCCACUUUUGCCCCAUUUUAUCUCACUGUUACUGUCUUUUUCUCCCCAGAACUGCAUCCUUCUUUUGUUCUACUGCUAUUCCAAAUUUUUGUUCACCAUCCUCCAAAUGCUGGGAUUGGAUCAUUGGGAGUCAGUAUUCCUCUUUACAAAUACAAACUGAGACACAGAAGUCUUACCUGGAGCAUGUUUGUAACAUUGCUGCAGUGGUUAUUUUUCUGGUUUAUUAUUUCUAUAUUAUUAUUGCAUUUUUCUGUUGACCUCUUUACUAGUACAGGUUCAUUCCUGUCUUGCAAAUUCCUUCACAACCCAUCCUCUGCUGCCUCAUCAGCCUUUCCAAACCCUCAGCAUCCUUUGCACAUUGGCAGUGGGAGUGCCAUGGCUGCUGCAUGCUCAGGGUCACUGCUCCUGGUGUGACAUUUCUGUGCUGCUCUUCCCCUGCACAUUUGGGAAUUUGGACUCCAGUUUUAUUCUUGGUGUUGGCAGAGCUCAGUGUGCUGUGAGCCUCUCCUAAGCUCCUGCACAGAGCACUGCAGCACCAGCUGAAGGGUUUGGUUUGCUGAGUGUCCUCCCUGGAAUCAUCUUCUCCUUCCCUUUUUCCCUCAAGUAGGGCAAUUGAUGAUCUCUCCUUUUCAGUUUCUGCUGAUUCACUCUCUGUCUUACUAAUUUUUGGCCAUAUCAGUGUGUGCUUCUAACUCUUACCUUGCACUUCAGAGGACAGGCACUUUUUUGUUUGUUAGGCCACAAGUGCAGGUUGAACUUUGAAAACUUCAGUGGCCAAAAUAAUGUGAAUACAUGAAAGCUGCAUUUCAGGUUUCCCCCUGUUCUUGGCUGUAUUGUAAAUUGAAAUGAGCAAUCUUGACAAUGCCUCAGUACAUUCUUGUUUGGAUUGCAAAACAAAGCUAGUUGUGCACUUUAUACAGUAUUCUCCUUAAUAAAUACCUGAAAUAAGUUAGAAAUUACACUUUAUUUUUCCUCUUUCUUUAAAGAUGUUUGUUACUUUACCUCUUUUGGACUGGAAAUGCUGUCCAUUAGCACAGGUUUCUCUGGGGACUGUAAUGUGUUUUGGUUCCUCUGCUAAGGUGUAUUUAUGCUGCUCUGAAUUCUUAGUUGGAGGGUUUGUUGUUCUUGGUUGGUUGGGUUGGGUUUUUUUUUUUUUUUUGGGGGGGGGUGGUUUUGGGUUUUUUUUUCCCUUUUGGUUUUAUGGUUUUAUUUCCAGACAGUUUUCCUUCUUCUGGUUCUUGGUCCAUUUGAAAUGUUUAAGGGAUGUGAGCUGCCCAGAACAGCAAUUCUCUUGGUGGAGUCUGUAUCUCUUUUUCACUUCCAUGAGCACAGGACAGCACAGGUACCUGGCUGUUGAUCAUUCCCAGCUCCAGGAGACUCUGGGUUCUGCUCUACAGGUGAGAUGCUUCACCCACAACACUCCCAUCUCUGUUCAGAGCAAGUUUUGCUGUUGCUUGUAAACAUUUUUCAGCUCAUUUAAUUCAGAAUACAAUAUUCCCUCUUGAUGUGACCCUGCAGAUCAGAGUUCCCUGGCCCGUUCCGUUUUCUCACUGAUGGAUUUUGGACAGUGAUGCCUUCCAGGUCAGGGCAUGCUGGAGUUCCCUUGCUUCUAGCAGGCAGCAUCCUCAAAGAGGGUAGUGACACAUUGAAAGGAGAGCAUGGGUUCCUGCUCUCACAGGGAACUUCGGGAGUUUCAGCAUUGCUCUGUCUUCUACUGAGUUUCAAAAAUGCAGUGGAGCCCAGUCUGUCUUCAUGCUCAUCCUAAACAGCUGUUUCUCCAGAGCAAACUCAGUGUUUUAUUAGAAUUCCAGCAUGUGUGGAUGCUGCAUGAUUCUGCUGCAGUGUAGCUGAGCAAUGGAAUGCCAAAGGAAGCCUCUUACCUCCAGCACUGAGCUUGGGCAUCAUCUCACUUCAGCUGGCACCUCACACUCCUGGUGUGAGCUUUGGCUGGUUGAGUCACUGUGGGGAUCAGAUUGGCAGAGGUGUCUCACAUCUCUGCAUGCUCUGAGGUCACAGCUCUCAGCUAGCACUGUUUGCUUUCACUGCCAGAGGUGGAAAAGGGGAAUUUCCCUCUGGUCCUUAGCAGGUAGCUCUGCCUGCCCAGAUCUGUUAGGCCACCCAUGUUUUGGGAGUGCUGCCACAUCUGUGAGCUCCCUCUUGGUCUGAGUGAUGCUGUCACACUCUUGUCUGUGCUGGAGGGUUCUCUGGCAUUUUCCCUUUCAGCCAGAGCCUUUUGGCCCUUCUCUGGGCUUCCUGAACCCCAUGGCUUCAGAUCAGUGCCAGAGCUGGUGAGGUGCAUUCCCAGCUGUACCCUCAGCUCCCAUACUGAAUAAGAACUUUUUAUUCAUCAUCCAGACCCUCCUGCCUGUGUCUCCCAAGCACAGUUGAACAUCUUUCUCCCUAAGGUAUUCUUUCAGCUUUUUUCCUGCCAGAACUCAUUCUGGAUCCAGUGCUGUUGGCCGAUUCCUGCUGGAGUUGAUGAGCUGAGAGCAGUGAGUAUUUUACCACAUGGGCCAAAUGCACUCUUCUCCCAUUAGCAGCAAGAUUCCAGUUUCUUUCUUGGAGCAAUAUCCCAAAAAGGCCUAAUUCUCAGUUUGCCAACCUGCUCCAGGUUGUCAUCUCUGUAACUCACACCUGUUCAUCACUUCUAUGGGUUGGACAUCUUCUAAAAGACUUUGGUUGCUCCCUUAUAGGGACGUUAGUUCAUUAUUGGACACUGGAAUUGUAGAAGAUAGCUUUAAUUUUUUUUUUUUUAAUUUUAAAAUACUGUAACGGCAGUGAAAAUCACACAGAAUUCCCUCUUAUGUUUCUAGACUCCCUUUCCCCCUGUGCAGUCACUUCUGAGCUGCUGGGGGGCAGCUGUGCUUCCCCUUAUUGCACAGAUAAACACUGAAAUCACACUUCUUGAGUGCCUGACAGGCAGCAUGCAACCUUGUGCACUGCUUCUUUUUCCCUUUAUGCAGCUUUUUUUUUUUUUAAUUUUGCUUGGAUUGGGGUUUUUUCUUUUCCCCUAAUAGGAAUUUUCUGUGGGGCAUUCACAGGAAAUUUCUUUAUGCUUGUAGCAGUUGUAGUUUCUCAGGCUUUGUUAGAACUUCCUGGAAUUGUCCUUGUUUUUAAAGUCAUUAUUUAAUAUUGACUGCAAGUUAGGCUUCGUAUUUAGAACUGGGCAUUCUUCACCUGUUCUUUGGAAGUGCUCAGCACUCAGAGAUUUCUUGGAAUACAGCAGGGAGCUAAGAGGUAAGACUCUUUGAAAAUCAGGCUAACAAACAGAAAUGCACAAGCCUCUUUUUUCCUUACUUAUACUCAAGUACAUGGAUAAAGUAAAUAAUAAGAAAUGAGAAAUAAUUAACGUGUAGCUGCUCUCUGUGCAGCUGCUGUAGUGUUUUUGUGUGGGGCUGCAGGCAUAACACACCUCUGGGGUCUGGACCCACAGAUGAUCAGCUGUAAAAGCUCAAAUCCAUAAUUCAGUGACCAAGUGGCUCUGCCCAUCCAUUUCUUCAUCACACACAGGGACAGAAAGGGCACUGCUUACCCAGGUGGGUCCUUCACUACCAAGCACCUUAAGAAAUCCAGACAAGCACUUUGAAGGUCCCCCUGGAAUGAGUAGAUGUGGCUUCUUGAUGUGGUUAUUGGAUGUUUCCUUCUGAACUGAAAGCAGAUUUAGUGUUCCACAGUAUCUCCUGUGCUCUGUCCACUAGUGCAGCCUGCUGGGUCUGCUCCCAGAGAUGGAGCAGUGUCCUGAGGGCAGUCCUGCUCACCCUGACAAUUACAUCUUCAAAAGGCAGUGUCAAAAAGGCAGUUUUCAAAAUAAUGAGCUUUUCAGUUCACAGCCCUCUCUGGGAAGCCUGCAGGCUGUUUGCUCCCCAGUGUGUGUUGAAAUAGCAGAGUGCUGGGGCAGAGGUUGCUGGAGCAUUGGCUCUGGGGAGUUGCUGCUGUGUGGACAUUGCUGCCAUCUUCUCCCAGGGAUGGGGAACAGCCACAGACCAGAGGAGCCUGCUGGUCUCAUCUGUCUGAACCAGGUGGGCAGGAGCCACAGAUAAAUUCAGAUUAGAGCAGGAAAUGGUUACCUCAGUGGCAUCUCUCAGACCCUGAUGGGCACUGAGCAGUGAUGACGAUAAAUUCAGAUUAAAGCAGAAACACAGGGCAGGAGGAUGGGUACCUCAGUGGCAUCUCUCUCAGACCCUGAUGGGCACUGAGUGAUGACGAUAAAUUCAGAUUAAAACAGAUACAUAGGGCAGGAGGAUGGGUACCUCAGUGGCAUCUCUCUCAGACCCUGAAUGGGCACUGAGUGAUGAUGAUAAAUUCAGAUUAAAGCAGAUACAUAGGGCAGGAAGAUGGGUACCUCAGUGGCAUUUCUCAGAGCCUGAUGGGCACUGAGCAGUGAUGAGUGAGGAGCCCGUCAUUGUCCAGUCCUGCCCAGCACUGGCAGAUCAGUGUCUGUGGCUGCUCAGAGCUGUCCAGCUCACACCAUGCCAGGCCAGCAGGUGCCAGUGCUGCCCUGGGGAAUGGGGAAGGGCUCUGUUCCGGCUGCCCCAGGUCAGGUGUGCUGAGCCUGCUGUGCUUCAGCAGCCUGGAGCACACGGCCCUGUUGAUGAGGCACAGUGGGAAUGAAGUCUUUCCUGGCAGCAAAUCCUUGUCUUUUCCUGAGAACACUGUUGGAAGGAUAACACCCACUGCUUUGUCUUAAAAUAGAUUUUAUUCAUAUGAGUGGUGCAUCAUUCAGCUCUUUAUUUUCCCCUCUGUGUUGUUACUGUAGCCCUUCAUCAGUGAAGUGCAACACCUUUAAUUUUGAAAUUUCAUAGAACAUAUCUGUUAUUUCUAUGUGCUAACCAAACUUCAUGCUUUUGGCUGUUUUCUGAGAGUUUUGAGAGCUUUUUUGGAGAGGUUAUUUUGGGUUUUAUUUUGGAAUUUUUUAAUCAGUCAGCAGGUUUGGAAGUGUAAUAACUUCUUCUUGUGCUAGCUGCAGCUUCUUUUUCCUUCCUGAAUGUUUUUUUUUUUUUUCUGAAGGGACCAACACAUAGCACAAUUCAACUUAAAUUUCUAACCCCAUGCAUUCCUCAAGGCAGAAACCUUUUGUGCCUAAUGAUGCAUCUGAGUCUAAGAAUUAUACAUGGAUAAAAUCUUUCAUAGACCAAUAAAAAAAUCUUAGAUUAACCACAUAAUAAUCACAUUAAAAAAACAUAUAGAUUUGAGACAUGCAAAUUUAAUUCCCUUAACUUACAUUAAGUUGAACUAUUUCAGGUGUGUCAUAAGAGACAAACUCAGUGGAUAUUCAGAAUAAAAGCUUUCCAGGUUCAGGGAGUGGACAGGACUAUAAUUGUGAAUAUAUGCAGUCUUUUAGGGCUACUGAUUUAACAAGUAACUGAGUAAUGGCUUGUAUCACAACCCUAUUAAAAUUCUGCUAGUAAAUCCCCUUCAAGUGCCUCUUUAAAUAGUAUCUGCGACAAGCAUGUGAAAAAUACAGAUUUACCCUACAAAUUCCAGAUCUCAGGAGCAGCCACAGUGCACAGAUCCGUGCAGGAUUCUCAGCCCUUUCCUUGCUCUGAACUGUGCACCCUUUUAGGACAGCCCCAUCUCCAGGAGAGCUGCCUUUGGCUCUGGGAAUUUGCUGUCCAGCUCAGGCACCCUAAGUUCUCAAUGCUAAAAAUGGAAUAGAAAAAAUUAGAAUUUAAAAGCAACUGCAUUGAAACUAAUCUUUGGACCCAUGGUCUCAGUAGAAUAAGCAGGGAAUUCUGCAUAAAAAUAGUAUGCAGUGAUGAUUUUGCAUAAUAGAGAUGUUAAACUUUAUUGCAUAAAAUUAAUUAUAAUAAUUUUUAAAGCCCACAACUUUUUUUUUUUUACAGCAGAGAAGGAAUGUUCUAGUCCUGGAACUCAAAAGCUGAAUGUGAUUUCAGGGAUCUCACAUCUGCUAACAAAAUAA